AUGCCUCCUAAGCGACAGUCAACCGAUACGCCUGGCAAUGCCUCCAAAAAGUCUAAACCUGCCGCCUCCAACACCGAUGAGCCCGUAAUUCCCCGGGGCAAGCGCUGGUCGAAAGUUUCAGGCUCUGCCAAUGCAGACGAUGGAUACAGACUGCAGAUUAGCAAGCCUGAGGCCUAUGCAUACCUCUGCCUGUGUAAACCGCUUCACGAUCGCGGCGAGUCCGAGGACGUAUGGGACGAAGAGGAUGAUGAGGAUGAGGAUGAGGAAACCGCGGACAAGGAGAAACAGCCCGCUUGCGAUUAUGGCGAGACCUGUGUCUGCUUGAAACCCGCCGCAGAGCAUCCGGAGCACCCUUGGGUUAUCACCAGGGCGGCGACUCACAAGCUUAACACGCUGCGCAUUAUGGGCUCCUUGCGUGACCCGGAUGGAUUUGGGAUGUACACCUACAAUGAUCACUUCGGUUACGGGUUGGUGGAGCUGGCGCAGAAUCUGAUUCUGGAUUUUGAAGAGGCAAAGGGCGACUGGAAGGCAGUGGGCCGUGGCGACGCCGACCCUUUAUUCCAGGUGGAUGAUGGCGAAGGUGUGGCCGCUCUCAUCAACACACUUGGAAUCAUGUUCCUUACUAUGCUAUCCACUCUGGAACGUGAAGGUCUACUGAAGCCCGACUCGGAGGUCAAGAGUGUCGGGGUGGUCAUGGCAGCGUUCAUUCGUCUCAUUGCCGCUGACAUCGGCCCGGAUUUCGGAAUCGAGGGUGACGGCCUCGACAAAAAGCUGCUUGCCUAUGCCAAGAAGCAGAACAUUGAGCUUAAAGGCCUGUCCGACAUUGAAAGCGAGCUCGAGGAGCCCAGGGCCGAGGCCGAGGAGAUCGUUAUCCCUGCGGCCGAUGCUAACAAUGGAGAUCCUUGGGCAUGGCAAAAGGCUUUGGCGGACUACAAGAAACAAUACGGGCCUACUAUUGGAGGCGAUAAGCUUGACAUCACGACCUGGACCAGUGCUGAACGCAAGAAGGCAUCUUUUGACAAGAAGGACCCUCUGAACAAGAAGAUGAUCGAUGCGAUCAAGGAGGGUUUGAUUAUGCAACCCGCUUGA